UUGACUUCGUAAACAGAGAAUCAUUCUGUUCUCAAAUUCUUGUUGCCUAAAAAUAAAUGGAGUUUUCAAAAAAGUCGAAAAUCGUCGGGCUGGUUGCUGUUUUAAUGGCAACCUUUAGUCCAGCCAGCCAGGGUGCAACCAUUUCAUUCAACCGUACCAACGAUCGUAAUGGACACCUUGGAGUAGUUGAACCAACGCCGGCUAUCUGUUUUUUUCAGGAAACUGCAGUAUUCGUAACGUUAGAAAUAACCAACUGCACCCAAGAACCAUGCCCUCUUAAUGUGGAGAAUAGCUACAAGAUCGCAAUAACUUUCAAGCCCGCUUAUCACACAAACAAUAUGGUUUACUACCUAAUGUUUUUCGAACUUGGUGGAACAUAUUCGUACAUUUUCCCAAAUACAUAUCUGAGGGAUUCCUUCCUACCUGGUAACCGGUACAUAGUGACUCGACAGGAUGCUAUUCCUGUAGAAUUUGGAGGGAAAUUUGGUGUCUUGCGGGUAACCUUGUUAGAUGCGAGUGGUAGAUAUCAUAUUAGUCGAUGCGUAGAUGUUCAAAUUACAUCUUAAGAGACCUCGUGGCAUUACUGGAAAAAACUUUAGCUGACAAUAAUUUUCAUGAUACAAUAUCCUAGUUUCGUGAUAAAAUAAAUGUUUAUAACCUCUUCAAAGGGAGAUGCGAAAUUAAGGUUCUCUCUGUGAUGAUGUCCACCAGCCAGGAAGACCACUUUGCAAGCGACUUCUUAUCCCCCAUUUCCCAAGGGCUGCUCAAUUGUGCCCCCAACUUAGAGAAAUUUGAAUUAAAGGGGAAUUUUUACCCGGAUUUGACACCCUGUCGCAAACUUGAAGAGUUUAAGUUCGCCUAUCAAGGUGCGGAAUAUUCCAAUCAAGUUUUGGAUAUUCACGAGUUGACCAGGAUGUUAGAAAAUUGUCGUGAUUCGUUGAAAAAGUUGACCUUUGGGGAUCAUGGGCGUCUUCGGGAUGGUCCGUUUAAGCUUGAUUUUCACUUCCCGAAUCUCACCCACUUGAAACUGGAAGCUUCCAUGGCGUAUGAAAUUGAGGACUCCCUGAACAUCACGAACCUUCCAAAACUGACCCAUUUGUGGAUCUCUGCUUCCAACAACAUUUCAGUAAUGAUUGAAAACUACCACUCGCGCCACGCCGGGAUUACCUCGCUCCACGUGGGGUGCGCGUUUUAUCCAGAAAAUGAGAACAAUGACGGACAAGCUAGCGUCAAAUUGGUGAACCUUUUCCCUGCCGUGAACAAAUUCAAGUUGAACGUGGCGAUUGAAUUUAUACUGCACGAAGACCCUUUCAACCCUUAUAGCCGGCUCCAGUUCGACGUCCAGGCCCAGGAUCUUUUGUCUUUGAAGGAAACCUUGCAAUCUUUGGCGGGUUGGGGAUUGACAUGCGGAGGUCACGUGGAAAUCAAGCUUAACUGGUUGAGGGGGUAUUGUCCACCUGAAGACUUGGACUUAGUCGGGACUUCUGUGUUGCAAGGAGUCUCGGAAUGGCGAGGCCUGGAAAAUACUGAUGUAAAAUUUGUUAAUAACUGGGUUGGCGGACAAUUUGCACUGUUGGACGGGAUGCGGGACGCUCUUUUAUCGUGCAGGACAAUUCGAAGCGUGACUUGUGAUGAAUUUGAGAUGAGUGAGAACGAUGCGGCCGAAUUUUAUGCAUUUAUUGGAGAAAAUAAUUUGCCAAUGAACGUCCCAGAUCCUGGUUGGUGGCCUUCGGACUUGGCCUAAAGAUUUGGACUGGUUUUAUGGACAAGUCACUUCAUUGUUUUAUGCGUGCAUAUUUUAGAUAUUGCCAGACUGCAAGAAAUUACUGCAUAUUGCAGUAGUGGAAAAUGCAAGAAAUAUGCGCCAUAAUCCAUAUAAUUGUGUGCAACACAGAACCUCAACAUGGCGCAGAUUUCUUGUACUUUUGCUCACACUGCAGCGCAAUGAAAGUGGAAAUUUUGCAAGAAAUCCAACCCUAUUUUUACUUCUUAAUAUUAUGCGUAUUUUCAGCUUGAUUUAGACUUCCCGAAUCUCACCCAUUUGGAAAUCGAUGACUCUAUGGCGUAUAAAAUUGAGGACUCGCUCAACAUCAAAAACCUUCCAAAACUGACGCAUUUCUCGAUCGCUUCUUCUACCAGCAUUUUCCAAAUGAUGGAGAGCUACCAUUUGCACCACGUCGGGAUAACCUCGCUCCACAUGGGUUACACGUUUUAUCCCGAAACUGACGACUACGAUGGACACGCUGCUGUCAAAUUGGUUAACCUUUUCCCUGCCGUGAAUGAAUUCAAGUUGGACGUGGCGAUUGAGUUUGAAGAUCAUGAAGAUUACAGCCCUUAUGAGAACUACGAAUACGUGGUCCAAGACCAAGAUUGUUUACCUUUGCAGGAAACCCUGCAAUCCUUGGGUUGUUGGGUGUUGACAUGCGGAUGACAUGUGGAGAUCAGGCUUAACUGGCCGUGGACGCCGUGUUCCAGGAAAGAAUUGGACUUCGUGGGAACUUCUGUGUUGCAAGGGGUCGCAGAAUGGCAAGGGCUGGCGAAUACGGGCGUAAAAUUUGUUAAUACUUUGGUUCCCGGAUCGUUCAAACUGUUGGACGGGAUGCAGAAUGCUCUUCUGUCAUGUAGGGCAAUUCGCAGCGUGAUUUGCGAGGGAUUUAAGCUAAUUAUGUUGACGAUGCAAUACAAUUAAUAAAUAUAACGUUUUUAUCUAUGUUAAUUUGCAUAUUUAUGUAUGUACAUAGAUGAGUGAGGAGAAUUCCAGCGAGUUUUAUGCAUUUAUUGGAGAAAAUAAUUUGCCAAUGAGCGUCCCAGAUCCUGGUAGGGCACCUUAAAGAGUUGGACUGAUUCGGCGGUCUAAUUAAUUAUCGGAUACAUACAUAUAUUCACUAGUAGUAUAUAUAAUUUAUCUACAAACUUUUUAAAUCAUUUGUUCCACUUUAAUUGCUUCAUGAGAGAGUCUGCAUAAAUAAGUAAUGCGAUACAUUUUCGAAAAAAUUUGGGGACAAUAAUGUGAUAUUUAGUGGAUUCUUGUGAGUGUUUUUCAUGCGAGAAAGUGUAUCGUUUUCUAUACAUGUCGUAAAUAAAUGUGCAUAAAUUGAG